CGCCGUACGAGCUCACUGGCAGCGCGCUCAGUGUUUACCAACAUUACCAAGCAGCACAGCAGCGUGUGUCGUCACAAGCGCCACGAUUUCGCGAAAUAAAUCGAUUACCAAACGUAUUCGAAGUGUGCCAUCGUGUCACAAUUAAACCAUAAGCGCAUUCCUGCAAACGAAGACAACCAUUCACAGCUGACAACCAUCGGAAAGACAACAAUUUCGGAUUUUCUCUUGUGUUGUGCUACAGAGUGACAGUGACGUCAAGCGUGUUUCGCUUGUGAUUCAUUUGUUUUCAAGCAUGGCGUGUCGCCUCCUGCUGUAGAGCAGAAUUGACAACCGCAGGAAUAUCUUCCCUUGUGUCUACGUUUCUAAAAAUAGUGUCAUCGCGCGGGUGCAGCGUGUAUUUAACGGAAUUGUGAGCCUUUGUCGAAUUCCAGCAGGUCGAGUGGAAAUUUACGCGAAUAUUUUGCUUUUGCUGCAGCGUGCGCCGUACACUGCGCAUGCGCACCGCGCGCCUACCAUAGUGUUUAUGAUUAUCAGCAAUUUAUUAUAAAAUCGGUUGGUCAAAGUUCGUCAGUGACGAGUUAUCACUAAUUUUAGGCUCUCUAUACAGCACGAUUCUUUUGGUAAAUCAAAAUGGAUAGCCAUUGUAUUGAUCCUGGAAUACCAAUAAAAGAAGAACCAAUGUUGGAAUCCUUAAAUUCUAUAAAUAUCAAUAUGACGGCCAGCGUACCAAUACCCUUGAAGAGAAUCGAUGAUUACCGUGAUAUUCAUUUGGACGCCAUGGAUUCACCAAUUUACCAGGAUAUGUUAACACAGGUUGCUUCUCCAGAGUCUAUCGACACAAAUACAAUGUGGAGUACCAAACAGCUUGACAUGGAGAUGCCCAAAAUGGAACCAGGGAUUCAAUUUGAUGAUGACAUCUUCCAAGUGGUGGACAAGGCGGACCUUAUUCAAGACUCCACGUUAGCCAACCUCGAAAGCACUGAUGACAUUCUCUUUGCUGAUCUAAACUUCGAUGAUCUUCUUUUGCCAGAUGAAAAUAGUUAUUUGAAUACAGCAUCUAACAAUAUAAAAAGCAUGUCUCUUGGUUUAGGACAGAGUAGUCUAUUGAACAACCUGAACAACAAUAGUUUGUUUGCGUCAUCAUGCCCAUCGACGGGUAUGGCCUAUUUUAAAGACGAAUACAACCUGAAUUCGAAUUCCUAUGAGUCGCUAACACCAAGCAAGACUUUUUCGCCGACGAGUCAAGCUAGUUCUAGCUCACCCCUGUUUGUACCAACGUUAUCCCCAUCGUCGUCCAGCCUCCAGGCGAAACACAGUACCCUCCAUGAACUGCUUCAACGGGAUAGUUACCCUUCACAAGAGGUACCCCUGGGGCAAAGUGUGCCCGGGCCGAGUGUGUCGGCACUCUCGCCAUCUCAAGCACGCCUACAACAAAGAAUGGCGCACAGUUCAAGGCUGAGCUCAUCGGCACCAACGCAUUCAGCUUUAAGGGACCUCUGGCAGAGGAGGGAACCCAGACCACAUUUACUAUCCACUGGAUCACAAGUCGAGGCUGGUUCUACAUCAUCUUUAUCGACCGGUGUGUUGAGUCCCGAAGCGCCGGAUAUUUCCCACGACGAAUUGGACAGUGACGAAGACAGUGAGCAUUAUGAGGACUAUUCAACUGACGGUGACUCAGAUGACGAUGAAGAUCACACCGGUGUGAAGUCAAUGAAAAAGAAGGAACGUUUCUUUUGGCAGUACAAUGUACAAGCCAAGGGACCCAAAGGACAACGUCUGAUAGUAAAGACCAAGACGGAGAAUCCACACGUGCUGAAUCAAAUCACUGACCCUGUCUUCAGCCCAGAUUGUGUGGUGCGUGGUAUCAAGCACAGCGGGAAAGCACGUAAAGGUGACGGUAAUGAUCUUACACCGAAUCCAAGAAAACUCUACAACAUUGGCAAAGAAUUGGAUAAACUGGGAAGGAUUAUCAACGAUAUGACGCCGGUCAGUGAGUUACCGUUCAAUGUGCGGCCGAAGACACGAAAAGAGAAGAACAAACUGGCGUCCAGGGCGUGUAGGCUCAAGAAGAAAGCACAGCAUGAGGCGAAUAAAAUCAAACUGGAAGGACUCGAGAAUGAACACAAACGACUCUUGAACCAUUUGAACCAAGCCAGGCACAUACUUAAAGUGAAGAUUAACAAUUGUGCGCAGGGGAAACAGGAUGAAUUCACUCAGCAUGUUGAGAAAAUAGCUAAAUCUUCUAUGAAAGUGAAAAUUGCUGGCCAAACAACAGAGUACGUUAACAAAGUCCUGGAGAAAAUGAAGGUGCACAAUGGUGGCAUCCACAUAACAAUGGAAAACUGUAUGCUGUAGUCUCCAACACAAUAUACUUACAACCACGUAGGCUGCUUGAUAUUCACGACGGGAAUCUCUUCGUUUUAUAUUUUACAUGUUUAUUAUCGCCGACGGGUGAAUUUGUUAUUUAUUUUGUUUUGUUAUUUUAAAUCUAAGUAAGUUGCGAUCAGUCCACAGCAAUACGUUGGGCUGCGAUAGUUUCAAGAAAUAGCAUUGAUAGUUCCUAUUAUUUUAUGUUUAUUAAGAUGUCCUCAAAUGUGGCUGCAAGUGAGGUAGUCAAUUGCGAUAGCUUUACUGAAUACAAUACAAAACAAAUGAAUACGAAAACAAAGAGUAAGAAAGUCAUAUUAUAUAGAAAUAUUUACGCGUUAUUUACCUGUAGUAGAGUACUAUGUAGAUUUGCUACACUUUGAUUCUGAAUGCGAACGAUUUGUGAGUUUGGAGAAUGUGGAGUUACCAGCGUUUAAAUGCGUUUUUUUUUGUUAGUCACAUCGAUGUAAUGAUAUAUUUCGUGCAAUUUAAGUGUUACAGUAAGAGCAUUAGGGCUAUAUUUAUAAUAAUAUGCUACAGACAUAAGCCUAAACUAAGUGAUGUGAUGUAAGCAGGGCAGGAACCGAAAUGAGCACACACGAAAAUAAAUUUGUAACGCGAAGAAAACAAAAACAUCGGGAAAACGGAAAACACUGUCAAAAUAUUCAUACUUUGAGUGUUUACUGCAAUUUUAUGGACUUGGCUUGACAUGUUCUUGUUUAUCUAAUAAACAAGUACAUAAAUUGUAUUUAUUCUCAAAGAGAAAAUUUCAACAUGAAGUUUGUUUGUUUUUAUUUAGUAAUUAUGCAUUUUGUAGAAUGAUAUACACGUUGUUUUUUACAAUUUCUUAAAGCUUUGUAAACACUCAAUGUAAUCUUCAUUUUACUGUUUGGCUAGCCCGUGCAAAUUUUUGGCACAAGCACUAGAUGUUAAAUAGAUGAAAAAUCGUUAAUAUUUACCGGAAAUUUAAAAUUCAGCAACGAAUCGCAUACCCAAAAUUGUCACACUUUGACAUAAUAAUGAUAAAUGUGAAAUGUGUUCAGUUUGUGAUAGAUGUUCAUGCCGUUUAUUAGAUGCACGUUGUAAAUAUGAUUAUUACAAAUUGCGCGGAUGUGUAAAUUGCGAUGUAAAUAUGUACGUGUAUAAAGGUGAUGUUUCUAAUUUUGUGUUUCUACACUUUCGAUAAUAAGAGCAUAGUCUAUUUAUGUACGCAUAAUAUUCGUUGUAAGUCGAUUAAGAUACAUAGUUUUAGUAAUCUAGUGACUAUUGUUUCGAUUAAUUAUUAUACAACUUGGCUGUGUUAA